CUCAUCCCUCUACUCCCUUGUCCAAAAUGGCCGAUGAACUCACCCUUCAACCCUCCUCCGCGGCUGAGAACCCGCCGCCGCCGCCGCCUCUACCCGAAGAUGAACCGCCUCUCGCUUCUCUGGAGAUACCGCCGCCUGCUGCGGUGGAGCAGCAAGACGAAGCUGCUGUUGCUGGCCUUGAGAAAGAGGCAUCUCUCGGUUCAGUGCCCCCGCCUUCGGAACCAUCUCCCGUUGCAGAGCAGCCGCCGCCCACGGCGGAAGCGGGUGUUGAUGGAUCGGUGGCGUCCAAGCCCGGUGAAGCAAGAAAGGUGCCUGAAUCUCUUGUGUCGUUCAAGGAGGAAAGUAACUUAGUCUCAGAUCUCUCCGAUUUCCAGAGGAAGGCUCUGGAGGAAUUCAAAAACCUCGUCCAAGAAGCGCUUAAAGAUCGUGUCUUUAACCCUACCCAAACUCCAAAAACCGAAGAAUCUCAAUCUGCUUCCUCUGAAUCAAAGACCCCAUCAUCCGAAAUCUCGAAUUCACCUCAAGAAGUGUCACUCUGGGGAAUCCCACUCCUGAAAGAUGAGAGGAGCGACGUGAUUCUACUCAAAUUCCUCAGAGCUCGUGAUUUCAAGGCGAAGGAAUCAUUUUCCAUGUUAAAGAACACUAUAUCCUGGAGGCAAAAAUUCAACAUUGAUGGCAUUGUGGAUGAGGACCUAGGAGAUGAUCUAGACAAGGCCGUGUUUAUGCACGGACACGACAAGGAGGGUCACCCUGUUUGCUACAAUGUGUAUGGAGAGUUUCAGAACAAGGAGCUGUAUAACAAAACAUUCGCGGAUGAGGAGAAGAGGUCAAGAUUCUUGCGGUGGCGCAUUCAGUUCUUGGAGAGGAGUAUCAGGAAUCUGGAUUUCUCUCCUGGUGGAAUCAAUACUGUUUUUCAGGUUAGUGAUCUUAAGAAUUCACCAGGACCAGGAAAGCGCGAGCUUCGGAUUGCCACUAGGCAGGCCCUGCAGCUGCUUCAAGACAAUUAUCCCGAGUUUGUGGCAAAGCAGGUGUUCAUCAAUGUCCCAUGGUGGUAUAUGGCUUUUUAUACGAUGAUUGGUCCGUUCAUGACACAGAGGACCAAAAGCAAGUUUGUAUUUGCCAGCCCAGCAAGGACCGCAGAAACCCUUUUCAAGUACAUAUCUCCUGAACAUGUGCCAAUUCAAUACGGCGGCCUUAACGUCGAUUAUUGUGAAUGUAACCCAGAGUUUACUGCUGAUAACCCAGCUACUGAGAUCAUUAUUAAACCCGCAACAAAGCAAACUGUGGAAAUAAUUGUGAAUGAGAAGUGUGUCAUCGUUUGGGAGCUACGUGUAUUGGGGUGGGAGGUAACUUAUAGUGCCGAAUUUGUGCCAAGCGCCGAAGGUAGCUACACCAUAAACAUUCAAAAGCCUAGGAAAAUGGCACCAACCGAUGAACCUGUAGUUUCCAACAGCUUCAAGAUAAGUGAUCUUGGUAAGAUACUUCUCACGAUUGACAACCCGACAUCAAAGAAGAAGCAACUUCUUUACAGGUUCAAGGAUGUUCCUUUCUCCGGUAAGGGUUCUUCCCAACAUGAAUAAUAACCACUUCAUGUAUCAAGUGCCAACAUGAGUUUUACCUGACGAGAAUGGUCCUUCCAUGUCAAUUUGUGGGCCUUUUCUUCCUCUUUCGGUCAUGUUCAUAUCAUCAGUGUGUGUUUGAAGAAGAUGACAACAUGUGGGCACCAUGGUUGGUGGAAGAUGAUUAUUUGGAAAAAAACAGGGACAUAUAGGCUGGCUGAAAGUUGUUUGUGCUACAGUGUGCUUUUGUAUGGUCGCAUUCUGCUGUUUACUUUGUUUAUUAAAUGUGUUUUGGGACAAUUUGACACUUGUCUAUGCUAGUGUAUUUCUAGUGUACACUUUGACACUUGUGUAUCCUCCCCAUAGUUUUGAGUGCUCAAUGUACAUUGAAUAUUUUCUAGUGUUAUUUUAAUUCAUUA